AUGACCCGCGCUGGCAACGUCGACCGCUCUCGUUCCUCCCGAAGGCGUUCCAGGAUCCCCUCCGACGACCCUUCGCCCCCUCCGCCCAUCCCCGAGCCCCCGCUUGAGCCUCCGCCGCUCACCCCCGCGUACGGCCAGCCGCCCAUGCUCCAGGGCAUCCCAGAGCCCCCCGACACGCCCCCUCCUCUCACCCAGGCCUACCCCACCCUACCACCGCAUUCCGCGCCCGCCUACCCCCAGCAGUCCGCCUACCCUACCGACCGUGGUCCUACCACCUCCUCCCGCUCCUCCCCAGACGGUACCUACCGCUCCCCGGUCUCCUACCCUCACUCCUCCCUCGAGCCCCCCCAACCCACCUAUGGCCCUUAUCACUCCGAGGACUCCACUUACCCAUCAUCCUCGCACGCCAGCCGCGCGCCUUCCACUUUCGGACGCCCGCCUGACUCUCGCUGGGGAGCGUAUCAAUCCCAGGGCGAGCAGUCCUACCCGCCCUCGGAAUCCGACCGCUACUCUCCCGUCUCACCAGCGACGACCACCGGUCAUUACACCGAGCCUCCUUCUCCGGCAGAGAGCUACCACCACCACGGUCAUGUCCAGGUCUCGGCCCACCCCAGCCAGUCCUACUACAACGCUUAUCCCCCUGCUCCCCGGCAGGGUCAGAGCGUUACCGCCGUGCCGUCCUCUGCUUCUCCGGUCCCCAUGCCACCCUCCCAGCAGCUCCAGAGCUCGUAUCGACACUCAAUUGCGCAUAUUUCCAAUCCUCAGCAUCACUCGCCCACGUCUACCAACCCGGCCUCGCCCGCUGCGAGCGAUCCUCAAACGCCGGCUUACGGAUAUGUGCCUCAGUCGAUGGGCAAUUACGCAGACUCACCCCCCGAGUCCUUGAGCCCAGUCACUCCUGCUCAGCACUCCCCGGCGAUUGUCUACAACUCGUAUGAGUCCAACUCGCUCGCUUCUGCAGGGUACGCGCACCCAGCUUCCUCGCAGUCGGCGCCAGCACACUCCCAGUCACACUCCCAGGAGCAGUCUCACUCUCACGCCUACGACCGGACGCUUCCUGCGCUCACCACGACGCAUCCGCACGGUGCUGAAACCCCCUCGCAGGUACUGCCUGUGACGCACUUCAACUACAACACCGCACACUCGUCCUACCAUUCUGCACCGUCGAGCGUCAGUACAACUGGUCCCGGGGCCGGCGCCAUGGAACGGUACAACUCGCCCCUGCCUGUGCUCGCGCCGAUCCAGGACAUGCGUGUUAUGCGUGGCGAUCAAGUUCCGGGUCCCGCGCCUAUGCGCUACCAGUCGUCGCCUCAACCAACUCAGCACCACCAUCACCACCACCAGCAGGCACCUGCGGCGAUGCAGCCCCCGAUGAGCCGCCCGGAGCAACAUCACACGUUUUCGUAUCCUCCACAGGGCCACUCGCACUCGCCGCCGUCCUCAGCUCACGCGCACGGCCACGUGCACUCGCUGCCUACGCCUGUGGAACCGGCGGCAUCGUAUGGGUACGGGAACGCACAUGCGUCGACAAGCGCCCAUCAGUCAGGGUCGUUCGCAGCCCCACCGGCCCCGUCUACGGGUUACUACACGCCCUCGCACCACCAAACCCACGCUCACGGCCAGCACGGACGGGAGCCGUCGCCUGAGGCGGAGCAGUACCUGGAGCUGCACCAGCCCCAGCCAACGCGGGUGACGCUGCCGCCGCCGGGGACGACGCACCAGUACAUGCAGCCGUCAGAGGUGCUCGCGCCGCAUGGGCACGCGUCAGCGCACGUCGCGCGCGGGGUCUGGCGGGCGGAGACGCAGCAGUUCCGGAACCCGCUCGUCCAGUGA